GUUGUGCCUCACAGGAGGCGGGAGUUGGAUAACGGGAUCCCUCAUUGGAUACUUUUGAUCCAACCACAGACCGCUCAAACCCUGGACCAACCAAUCAAAAGCCUUCUCUGAAAGGUUUCCUCCGGAUCACUUUGUAAACGACUCCCAGAGCAUCCUUCGCUGCUGAGCAUCCUUUCAGUGAUUAAAAAUGGGACGCAGAAAGUCAAAGAGAAAGCCACCUCCCAAAAAGAAAAUGACCGGUAACCUGGACACGCAGUUCACCUGUCCGUUCUGUAACCACGAGAAGUCAUGUGAUGUCAAAAUGGAACGAAUCCGGAACACAGGGAUAAUAUCCUGCAGCGUCUGCUUGGAGGAGUUCCAGACUCCCAUAACCUAUCUGUCGGAGCCGGUGGACGUUUACAGUGACUGGAUCGACGCCUGCGAAGCAGCCAAUCAGUAGUCACUAAAAAUGCAAAAGAAAAGCACUUGAGCACCACACACACACACACACCUUCUGCAUGGGUGACUAUGUGAAACAGAGUUCACCCGAUGUAGCGAAACACGUCAUCCUUCUUUAAGUGUCUUUUAUUUUACGUUUUAAUCCUGAAGCCUGCUGCUCGACACGCCACUCUGGGUCCACUACAGAGUCUCUGUAUUGCUUUUAAUUUGAAAAUCUUCCUGUCAGUGAUUUGUAUAGUUUUAAUGCUGAAGUCUCUUUUGGGCUAAAUUGUCCAGUUUUCCAGUUUCCAGACAAAGAAAGUCUUUAUUUACCUGAACCUGGUAGGAUCAUGUUAUUGAGGUGACGUGUUGUCUUUUUUAGAUUUUAUUUUUCACUGUAUACUUUUUUUCUGUAGCUCUAUGCACUGAAAACCUUCUGUUGGUUUAUGAGCAGUGUGUGUGUGUGUGUGUAUAUA